CGACCCUGAGCCACAUUUGCCGCAGCCAUGGAGCACGACGACCCAGCUGAAGCAUUGACUGAACUGCGCGAACGACGCCUGGGCGCGCUAGAGCUGUUGCAGGUGGCAGCUGGAUCCGGAUUAGCGGCUUAUGCUGUGUGGGCUCUACUGCUUCAACCUGGCUUCCGUCGGGUGCCGCUGCGGCUGCAGGUGCCCUACGUAGGUGCGAGCGCCCGGCAAGUUGAGCAUGUGAUGUCGCUGCUGCGAGGCCGCCCCGGAAAAAUGGUGGAUCUGGGCUCUGGUGAUGGCAGAAUUGUGCUGGCGGCCCACAGGUGCGGGCUCCGUCCAGCUGUGGGGUAUGAGCUGAACCCAUGGCUCUUGGGACUGGCGCGGCUGCGCGCCUGGAAGGCUGGCUGCGCGCACAGUGUCUGCUACCUACGGGAGGAUCUUUGGAAGGUUAGCCUGAGAGACUGCUACAACGUAUCUGUAUUCCUGGCCCCCAGUGUGCUUCCACUCCUAGAGAAUAAGCUGCAGGCAGAACUGCCCAGAGGGGCCCGUGUCGUGUCUGGGCGUUUCCCUCUCCCCACUUGGCAGCCUGUGACUGUGGUGGGUGAAGGCCUGGACCGAGUUUGGGCUUAUGACAUCCAUGGUGAUGGGCCACCUCUGACAUCUUGGGAAUUAACUUUCAAAGCCACCCCAGGACCCAUUUCUACCUCAGUCCUCAAGGGCCCCCGUUUCCCAGGUUAGCUGACUGGACACAAUAAAAACUUCAUGGGUCUUGUGUUAA